AUGGCAUUAUGCUUUGCAGAUCAUUCCUUGUUCAUAAACUGUGGCGGCGCACGCACAGUCGCUGAAGGGAAUCAAUAUGAUGAAGAUAAUGCAAAAAACAGGUUUUACAGCAUUCCAGGAAAGUGGGCUUAUUCUUGUUCUGGAGAUUUCUUGUCAUCAGUCGCCAAUUCAAGCGAUUACGUUAAGAACACGACCUGUGGAGUUUCUAUUUCGGAAGAAUCUUUGUAUAAAACAGCUCGCUUUUGCCCUGUCUCUCUGACGUAUUAUGGAUUCUGUUUGGAAAAAGGAAAUUACACAGUGGAACUUCACUUUGCUGAAAUUAUUUAUACACAGGAUGAAGACUACAGCAGCUUAGGGACUCGUAUUUUUGACGUAUAUAUUCAGGGUGAGAGAAAACUGAAGGAUUUCAACAUAAAAGAGAAGGCCCAAAGUCCAAAUGAAGCAUGGAUAGAAAAGUUCCCAGCAAUUGUUGAUGACCAUCCAUUGGAGAUUCAUUUUUUCUGGGCUGGAAAAGGAUCUCUGAAUAACCCACCUCUUCUGAAUGGACCUCUUAUAUCAGCGAUUUCCGUAACUCCAAACUACAAAGUUCAUGAUGGAAAGCUGUCUGCUGCCCAAAUAACCGGGAUCACAAUAGGUUGUGCAUUUGCUCCGUUACUUCUACUUGCUUUCAUAUGGAAAAUGGGAUGGCUAGGGAAUAGAGAGUUGCGCGGUGAGACAAUAAGCUAA